CUUCUGUUAAUGUCCCUUCACGAUACGCCAUUUCACGCCAUGAACGAGCAAAAGGAUAGCAAAAAAAAAAAAAUCAAAUACUGUCCUUUAUGUUUCAUGGUUGCCCGCCAGCGGGCUGUACGGGCGUCUCUGGGAUUCUGGUACUGGUAUCUGGAAUAGUGGCGUCCCCUAUUUUUCUUCUUCCUAUUCUUUUCACAUUUUGGAGCAUUCCAUUGGUCGGUUACUCGGAUGAAAUCAAUGCGCAACUGGUUUUGUUUUUACUGUGUGCAUAUAUCAUCCACACUGCUGCCACUCUUUUCUUCUCUUUCUCUUGUUCUUUGGUCUUAUUUUCCCUACACACUGAGACGAAAUGGAUCAAAAGACAUGUAUAGAUAUAGAUGUUUUCUAUACAGGGGAUUGGACGAUAGACUCUAGAUUUUAGAGUUUUGCUUUUUUUUAUUUCCUGCCGUUUUACUUUUCUAGACAGCAGA